CCUCUAGCUCCUCACACCCUGCCAGCUCCAUGGCCAGCCCUGUGGAGACAGCUCCAGAUCGUGCCAGUGGGUUAGGUCCCCAUCGGAGAAAGAGGACCACCUUCAGUGUUGGGCAGCUGCUGGAGUUGGAACGGGUGUUUGCAGCAAGGCCCUAUCCUGACAUCAGCACCCGUGAGCACCUGGCCCGGGUCACCCAUCUGCCUGAGGCCAAGAUCCAGGUGUGGUUCCAGAACCGCCGGGCCAAGAGAAUCAAGAACAGAAAGCCAGGAGGUCUAAACCCAAGGCCUAAGCCUCCCCCAAGCUCCUGUUCUCUUCCAGACACCCCUCAGCCGCAGGAGCCCCGAACACCAGGCCAGUCUCCAUGUCUUACCAGUACAGCUCAGCGUGCCCCUGCAUGUCCACAGGCCUCCUGCACAGAUCCCAGCUUGGGUCCAGGGCAGGGGUGGGCUAGACCUACCACCCCGUGGGGUCCGGCUGGGACCUCAGGGGUCCACCCUUCUCUAGAGCGAGCUGUUCCUCAGACCUCACUGGGCAGCCUGUCUGACCUUAUUUAUGCCUCAGCCAUUGUCACUGACCUGGACCAUUCCUAA